CUGACCAGCUUGCUGAUGCACUCCUGGCCCGUUGUCCGACCGCUAUGGAGGUCAUCGACAUCCCUUCUUCCCCUGAACUACCUCCUACAGUAUCCAGAGUAACCCGUCAUCAUAGUCGUCAGCCUGGGUUGCAGAAGAGAAGACCGCUACCGCCAGCACCGAGCCGAUGGACAGAAGAAAUCAUCGAGAUAACUGACUCUGAGAGUGAACCUGAGCCUGUGCUUGCGUCCAAGGGAAAGAGGCGCUCAGUAGAAACACAUGCAGUACCAGGUCCUUCGAACUUGCCAAUCAUCAGCACACCUCUUAGUGGUUUGCUUGCUGGUGCAGCUACCGGAUCAUCUCAGAACGCUCCUAGCAAGGACGGAAUCCCUUCUGCGCCGCUAUUUUAUUCAGACGAUGAGGACACGGAGCUAAAACCGAUGCCGAUGUUGGUACAACAGCUAGAUAUCCCUCCGGAACCAGUGCUGCCACCCGCGCCACUUCCUCAACUCACUCUCACUCCUGAACCUCCGGCGGAGCCUACAGAUCCAACUGACGCGCUUAUUGCUCGCAUCAUGGAAAUUGUCCCAGACGUAGAACCCGCACAUGUUCUCGGGCUCGUGCAGCAAUUCACCCACGACCCUAUCAAUGCCGGACAGAACGUCAUAGAGCUUGUCCUCCACUCUCUCUUCGAGAUCCCAAAUUACCCUAAAGUUGAUAGGAAAGGAAAGCGGAAAAGGACCGAAGAUGACGAGGAAGGUACCGCCCACGGACAACCUGUUCCUAAGAUUGAUUAUUGCGCGAAGGACAGAGAAUUUAAAGGGGGCAUACAUUAUUUCGAACUGGCCUUGGAACAACUAAUGAUCGAUUUUCCAUACGCCCCGAAGCCGUAUCUCCGGGGGCGGCUACUAGAACAUCGGUUUUAUGCUCCAACUCAUUUGCUUUUGGCUGGGAUGCGGGAUCCCCUACCUUACGUCCAGAAAUCUAUUCCCUCAAGAGUUAGCGGAAAGGGUAGAGAGAGGCACGAUCCCGAAUUCGAGGCAGAACGUCGAUGGCUUUUGGAGCGACAAAAUGCAACUGUGUCGACUGAUGGACAGCCGCUUCCUGAUCAAGUAAAUGACGAUGACGCAUGUGAAGAGUGUGAAGAUGGUAUUGAAUGCGGUUGUUGUUUUUCUUCGUACCCAUUUGAUAAGAUGGUACAGUGUCCAGAAGCGCAUCUAUUCUGCAAAAGUUGCAUGUCUUCCUACGCAUCCAACCUUUUGGGCGAGCACAAUCCUAAUAUCGUUUGCAUGGAUCAAUCCGGCUGCAAGCUUCUCUUUCCGCAGUCUGAGCUGGAACGUUUCCUUACACCGAAGCUUCUUGAGCUCUAUCAUCGCGUGAGGCAGCGCAAGGAUAUCGAGGCAGCCGGCCUCGAGAACUUGGAGGAAUGUCCGUUCUGCGAGUACAAGUGCGUCAUCGAAAACGAUAUGGAGAAGCUCUUUCGGUGUGAGAAUGUGGACUGCGGUGCGGUGAGUUGUCGAGAGUGUAAGAAACCUGACCAUUUACCGAAGAGUUGCAAGGAAGUAGAAUCGGACAAACACCUUGAUGUACAGCACGUUGUCGAGGAAGCGAUGACUCGGGCACUGAUGCGAAAUUGUCCGAAGUGCCAGAAAGCAUUUAUUAAAGAACACGGAUGUAACAAGAUGACUUGUCCGAAUUGUCACACUGUCUCUUGCUAUAUAUGCCGGAAGGUCAUUCAUGGAUAUGAACAUUUUGGAAAUCCACCUACUUAUGGCGCACAAGUGGACAAGACCAAGUGUCAACUUUGGGAUCCUGUAGAACAGCGGCAUGCGACUGAGGUCCAAGAAGCAGCUAAAAAGGCGAUAGAAGAGCUCAAACGCGAUCACCCUGAUGUUGAUGAGAGUAACAUCAAGAUAGAUAUACCGGUUGCCGGCCCGGCUCAGCCCAUGCCUCUGCACAUAAACCCUGCGUGGGGCUUGCCAGCCUUACCGGCACGUGGUCUGGUACCGAAUCCGCAUGGUCUGGUACCGAAUCCUCAUGGUCUGGUACCGAACCCACACGGCCUGGUACCGAAUCCAUACGGCCUGGUACCGAAUCCACACGGUCUAGUACAGAAUGCGCAUGCGGUACCAGCUUAUGCAUUAGCCCAUGCGGACUAUGCGGGGAACAUGAUGCAAUUCCAUGCCCAGCAGGCUCACCAACGGCUCCAGCAACGGAUCCAACAGCGGAUGUUACAGCCCCAAGCUCACCAACCACCGCUCGCGGAACGCGCCCGAGUUCAACUCAUGGAACGCGCCCAGGCUCAGGCUCAAGCACUGCUCCGAGCACGAAUGGUGCAGGCUCAACACGAUGAUGCUGAGUUGAGGCGCCAGGUAGAACUUAGGGAGGCGGCACGUUUGAUGGCUGAAGCCGAGAGGGCCAGACACAUGCAUGUGAUGUACAUGCCUCACCCACUCCCCCCGGCACCGCAACCCGUCGCCGCGCCCAGAAGGGCUCGGAGGCGCUAAGGAAAGAGAUAAAUUGAAUUCUUGUACAUUCUGAGCUCCGCUGCAUGUCAUGAUAAUGGUGCUGCUACCAUACGUUAUAGUCGUAUAUACCGAUAAAUUCCUACGUACGUUUUACCAGUGUUCUGCUACUUACGUAUACUUGCAAUUGGCUGUACUAUUACAUUGUGUUCAAAAUCAUAUUCCUGCAUUUAUAUGUGCAGAGGCUGCG